CCAAAAAAUUGGAGGACCAGGACUCAAGGGAGUAAGCAUCUAUAUAAACAGGGCCUCUUCUUUCAUGGCUUCCACACUUGUUGGUACAACCAUGGAUCCUCACUCCAAUAACGGUUUGAUGAAAUUGGCAUGGGUGACGGCGCUAGCGCUUCGCCUUCUCUGCGUGAUGGGUGAGUGCAAGCAGCCGGGUGCACCAGCUCCGGCGACAUCGUUGGCGCACUAUGCACCGUCAUGCCGAGCGCACAGAGCAUCGAUAAAGGACUUUGGUGGGGUGGGCGACGGGUCCACGUCGAACACGAAGGCCUUCCGAGACGCGGUCGCCCACCUCAGCCAAUUCUCGGCACAGGGAGGGGCGCUGCUGUACGUGCCUCCGGGAAGGUGGCUGACGGGAGGCUUCAACCUCACCAGCAACUUCACUCUUUUCCUUGAUCGGGAUGCCGUCCUCCUUGCCUCUCAGGACAUGAACGAAUGGCCCCUUAUAGAUCCCUUGCCUUCAUAUGGGAGGGGAAGGGAUGCUCCUGGUGCCAGAUACAGCAACUUCAUCUUCGGAACGAACCUUACAGAUGUGGUUAUCACAGGCAACAAUGGCACGAUCGACGGGCAGGGUGAAUUUUGGUGGGAUAAGUUUCAUAAGAAAGAGCUCAAGUAUACAAGAGGAUAUCUCAUAGAGUUCGUGUAUACCACUGGCAUUGUCAUAUCAAACAUCACACUCCUCAACUCUCCUUCAUGGAACGUUCAUCCUGUCUACAGCAGGAAUAUUGUCGUUCAAGGCAUCACAAUUCUCGCACCAGUGAACUCACCAAACACUGAUGGCAUCGAUCCAGAUUCCUGCUCCCAGGUAUGGAUACAGGACUGCUACAUAGUCUCUGGAGAUGAUUGCAUUGCAAUCAAGAGUGGGUGGGAUGAGUAUGGGAUUCGCGUCAACAUGCCAAGUGAAUACAUCUACAUUAAGGGUCUCACCUGCAUCUCCCCAACAAGUGCUGUAAUUGCACUUGGCAGUGAGAUGUCAGGGGGGAUUCAAAAUGUUUUUGCUGAAGAUAUUACAACAAUCGACUCGGAGGUUGGGGUUAGAGUUAAGAGUGCACCAGGCAGAGGUGGCUUUGUGAGGGGGAUAUACGUUAGGGGCAUGACCAUGAAGAACAUGAAGUAUGCCUUCAACAGCAAGGGAUUCUACAAGGACCAUGCUGAUGAUAAGUACAAUCCAAAAGCUCUUCCCGUUGUCAAUGGCAUCAGUCUCAGCAACAUGGUCGUCGAGAACGCAACUAUGGCCGCAAAGAUGGAAGGGAUUCAGAGUGCACCAUACACUGGAAUCUGCAUUUCUAAUGUGACCAUUUCUCUAGCACCAAGAAAGUGUGAAACGCCACCAGCAUGGAACUGCACUGAUGUUCAUGGUGUGUCCGGUGAUGUUAGUCCAGUGCCAUGUCGUCAGCUGUCACCGGGAUCACAGAAGAGCCCUUGCCCCUUUCCACUGGAAAGGGUUCCAAUUCAUAAGCCGAAAUUGGAGCUCUGCACUUAGAGCAGCAGCAGCAGUCACAUGUGAGAGAGAAUAAAUAAAUAAUUAUAUAUAUAUAUGUAUAUAUAUAUAUAUAUAAUUAUUUUUUCAAUAGUAUAGGAUAGGACCUUAAUAGAACAGGAGCCAACUGUAAGCAGAGUCUUCUGCAGUGCACCUUAUUUGUCGGGCUAAACUCUUGAUAAAGCCUCAAAUCUUAUUGAAGGAGAAGAAAGAAUAGAAAAGAACGUGCCAUGAAAACUGCACAUAAGAAAUGAGAAGCAAAAGCAUUGAUUAUACGAGUCACUUAAGAAACUGCAGUCACAAAUCAGGGUCAGAGGUUGAGAAUUCAGCAUUGGGGAGUCAAGGAUCUUACCCUUGAACUACUCGGAAGCAGAAGAAUGUUGUAGUCCACAUAACAACUGAGCAUAAAUAGCCAAGCAACUCCAACAGUUUACUGUGUCAACCGAUCAUGCUUUUACACAGAGUUCUGUUUCACCAAUUAUCAAAAUGGUAGCUGUGAAUGUUACAAUUCGACUUGGAGAAUCAAGAACUCAUCCAAAACGCAACUUGGUGCAUCAUAUAGUUUUGCGUUCGCAUGUGAGAUACGUAAACUAAAGGAGCUGAAAAAAGAGAAAACAAGAAGGAUGUUGUGCUUGGGUUAAAUCUGUACAUGGAUGCUGUCAACUCAAAACUAACAAUAAUCUAAAUCUAACUACAAUUUGUAUUUGAU